AUGGCGUUUGGUCGUUGGUCCAUUUCGUUAUUUUUGGUUGGGCUGUGCAGAGCACAGAAGGCGAUCGUGGGAAGCUUUGGAACUUAUCCAGGUUACACAGGUAGCUUGUCCUCAGUUUCCGGCGUGAUGUCGGUGGACACAUGGUCCUCGGGCGUUCAAACGCUCUCCUGGUCCUUGUCCAAUGUGGACUCCCGGUGCGCCGAGGCCUGCCCAGCCACAAACUGCUGCGGCGUGCACAUCCACGUGGGGAAGACCUGCUCCGUUGCAGCAGACAUCGGAGGCCACUAUUAUGACUCCACGACUUACACUACCGACCCGUGGCUCACUGUGAUGUACAACGCCACCGACAGUCCCAGCAACACUCUGAGCUUGCCCGUGACCACCGGUCUCACCGCGAGCGACAUCUUGGGCCGUGCCAUGGUGAUCCACGACUUCGAGGGAGGACGUAUCGCCUGCGGCAUCAUCAAGGAGGCCACUGUGAGCUCCUUCAGCGCCUAUCCGGGCUACACGGGAAAUUUGAUGUCAGUGGGAUCUGCGCUGAUCGACUCAGGGUUCGGGAAGCAGACUCUUUCUUGGAUCUUCCAGUCAGGCUUGGACACGCGCUGCAGUGAAGCUUGCAUGGCACCCAACUGCUGCGGCGUUCAUAUCCAUGUGGGCUUUGACUGCACAGAUGCCAGCACCAUCGGUGGACACUGGUGGAAUUCAGAUGCACUCGAGGCGGACCCAUGGCAGACCAUCAUGUACAACACAACCGGUGGCAUGCCGUCAGUCGCCAGCAGCAUCGAAGUCGACACGCAGCUGAGCACCGUGCAGAUCAACAAGCGGGCGCUCGUGAUUCACGACUUCACUGGUGCGCGCAUUGCCUGCGGGAACAUCAUGAUGCCCGUCAGCGAAGCCAUUGUCUCCAGCUUUUCGUUGUACCCGGGCUCUAGCUCCAGCCUGACCGUGGAAGGCGUGAUGUCCGUGAUCAGCUCUGAAGAUGCCUCCGGCACUCAGACCUUGUCGUGGUCUUUGACCGGCCUGGACCCCGCGUGUGCCAACACCUGCACCGUGCCCAACUGCUGCGGGGCUCACAUCCACGUGGGAACGGAUUGCAGCGAUGCGAGCACCAUUGGAGGCCACUAUUGGGAUAGCAGCGACUAUACAACUGACCCUUGGCAGACGGUCAUGUACAACUCCAGCAGCCUCGGCAGCAACGCUGCCAGCGUCGCCGUGGCCACGGGCCUCGGCGCCAGCGACGUCUUGGGAAGGGCCAUGGUGAUCCACGACUCCACGGGGGCGCGUAUCGCCUGCGGCAUCAUCCAGCCGGCCAAUGUGCCCAGUUUCGCAGCCUAUCCUGGCUACACGGGCAACCUGGCCACUGCAGGAGUGAUGUCGGUGCAAGCAACCGGCACCACUCAAACCUUGUCGUGGGUUCUCACUGCUGGACUUGACACGCAGUGCACCGGCACCUGUACGGCCCCGAAUUGCUGCGGCGUGCACAUCCACACGGGCAUGGACUGCAGCGAUUCUAGUACCAUUGGUGGCCACUUCUAUGAUUCCACUGCCUUGACCACAGAUCCUUGGCUCACCAUCACGUACGACGCCAGCACCAUGCCCAGCGUGAUGAAGGACGUAGCGGUUCAAAGCGGCAAGACGGCUUCGGAGAUCGAGGGUCGCACCAUGGUGAUCCACGACUCCACGGGGGCCAGGAUCGCCUGUGGCACGAUUUCGCUGGACGCGAUGACACCCACCACGACGCAGCUGAUCGACGCUGCUUGGUGGGCGGUAGGACAGAUUAUGAGGGCCAGGCCAUUUGAAGGCAAGCAAAGAGGAUGUGCAGACAUGCUGCUGCAAAGCAACGGCAGCGCCAAGUUUCAGCGGAUGUCGUCCUUAGACUUGAAGGGCCACUUUGACCUCAUCGUGGAUGCGGGCGAAUUGGCGGCGCUUGGUUUCGUCAUGGAUCUGGCGAACUUUCGCUGGGAUGCGCUCGCACAUGUGGAGGAGUUGCUUCGUUUGAUCUUCAGCUCCCUUCGCCUCUUCGCCUCUUCGAAGAGCUGCUUGCGAUUGUACCUGGCGCCGUCGCAGCUGUGUGACUUCCUGGUGGCUUUUGUGACAGCCUUUGGAGCGGAGCCGCUCCAGAGACCCAAUGGCUGGAUGGACUUCACAGUGUCGAAAACGCUGAUGCCAAACGACUUGGAGCAGGUGCUUGAGCGCGAGGUCUAUCAGGAACGUUCCCAUCAGCGCUAUGCGAAGGUUCUCUUCCCAGCGCUCGGCGAUGAUUUGAGCCAUGAGCCGCGGGUGCUGGACGUGGGUGGGGGCGAUGGACACAUGGCUCAGUGGUGGUCGCGGGAAGGCUGCGAGGUGCACCUCUUGGAGGUGGACGCAAAGUUGGUGGCUGAAGCGCAGAUGCGCCUGGGAAAGGAGCGGGUCACCCUGCACGAUGGCAAAUCCUCGUGGCCCUAUGCAGAUGGUUGCUUUGACGUCUGCCUGCUGCUUUUCGUUCUUCACCACAUCCGUGACGCCGUUGAGACGACCCUGCGGGAAGCGGCGCGCGUGGCAAGGAGAGUGCUCGUUUUGGAAGAUCAACCGCGCACGGCUGCGAGUCGAGACUUGGUGAACCUGGCGGUGCAGGUCACAGCUCAACACUUCCGACCCUUUGGGCAAGAUCCGCAAGUGUACAUGCAGAACAUCCGCCCUGACGUCGUGUGGAGGAAGCUCUUCCACGAAGCUGGUCUACAGUGCGUCCGCCAGGUGGAGAUCUGUGGGACCCUCCAACAUCCUGUGCCGCACACCUUCUACGAGCUCGCAUCGGUCACAAAAAAAAAGCGAAGCGCUCGCUGCGCUCGCUGA